UAUCCUCUCCAUGAUUAUAAAUGUUCAUUUUAACCGCUCGCGUUUUAGCGAGAGUGAGAGUGAGAGUGAGACUGUGAGAGAGAGAGGGAGAGAAGAAGAAGAAGAAGCAGCGAUGGCCGCGAUCAGGAGAACGCACUUAUUUGGGGCUCCGAGUUUUCAGCUGAGAGAAGCUCAAUUGCGUUUUGCAGGUUACGGUGCUAUCCCUACGCGCUUCCGAGAGUCUCAUCGGAACGUGGUUCUUGCACGCAAGGCUGGAAAUGCCGCCGGGAUUCUUCCCAUAAUCAGGGCUCAGACUCCCUCAGUGCCUGAGUAUGUUCCAGAUUCUGAUUUCUACAGAGUGGAAGCCAUUCUUAGGCCAUGGCGGAUCACUAAGGUUUCUUCGGCAUUGUUGAAAAUGGGAAUUCGUGAAGUCACUGUGUCUGAUGUUAGGGGCUUUGGUUCUCAGGGUGGUUCAAAAGAAAGGCAAGGAGGCUCUGAAUUUUCUGAAGACAUUUUUAUUCCCAAAGUCAAGAUGGAAAUAGUGGUGAGGAAGCAUCAGGUUGAAGAUGUUAUAGCAAAAAUUAUUGAGGCGGCAAGGACAGGAGAGAUUGGUGAUGGCAAAAUAUUUUUGAUUCCGGUUACCUUAGAUGUUCCAACAGGCGGUGCAGAUAUUCCAACUGAGGUUGAAGUGGUUGAUGUAGAUGCAGAAGAGGUGCCUACAUCCGAAACAGAACCAUCCAAUAUGAAUGCAAAUACUGAAAACAAAUCACCUAGUGGGAGGAUGAAGAAGAGGGCACAAAAGAGUUAUGAUGAUGACUCAGACCCAGAUUACCAUCAAUAUGAGUCUGAGGAACUGCACAACCCUUAUUCAUCAGACAGUGAUAGUGACUAUGAGGCAGAACGCACUGUUUGGCCUCAAGAAAACCCGAAUGCUACUUUUGGAUCGUUGGAGGAGAAGUUAAGGGACCAAAGAGACUUUAAAACUGCUGAAGCUGAGGCAUGGUUUAGGAGAGAGUUUAAUAUCACCAUUAAGUACAAGAAGAUACAAAGAGCAAUGAAGAAGGCAAGGGAGAAUAUUGAGGGCUCAGAGAGGGAGCAGUAUGCUGAGUUGAGGAAUUACAUCCUUGCCCUGUUGACAACUAACCCAGGAGCAACUAUUAACAUGGACACAACCUCUAAUGCCUGA